AUGACCCUCAUAAGACUCAAAGUAGGACUCUUCCACAAAGACCUGGCGCACAGAUUUCACAUAACUCAAGCAACAGUCAGCAGAAUUCUCACUGUAUGGAUAAACAUUCUCUACCUCAAGCUAACAGAACUGCCACAGUGGCCAUCUCGUCAAGUCGUCAACGCAGGCAUGCCACCUGCCUUCAAGGAGAAGUAUCCAAGUACAAGAGUGAUAAUCGACGCUACUGAACUCAAGUGCGAAGUACCCACCUCAUUUGUCCUGCAGUCUGAAACUUACUCGACGUACAAAUCCUCUAACACAAUGAAAUCUCUGAUUGGUGUCUCCCCAGAUGGAAACGUCACAUUUGUGUCCCCCCUUUACACUGGUUGCAUUUCAGACAAAGAGCUAGUCAAAAGGAGUGGUUUUCUGUCACUUGAUUUUGAGAGAGGAGACUCAGUGAUGGCAGACAAAGGCUUCAAAAUCAGUGACCUCCUGGAACCUUUGGGUGUAAACCUCAACAUUCCCCCAUUCACAAAGGAUGGAAAGCUGACUGAGGAAGAAGUCAUUGCUACUCAAGAAAUCGCAGCAUUGAGAAUUCACGUGGAAAGACGUAUACAACGCAUUAAAACGUACCACAUUUUCGACAGGCGUAUCCCAAUCACCCUUGGGCCUAUUGCUAAUCAAAUGUGGACUGUGUGCGCACUUUUGAGCAACUACCAAAGCCCUAUCAUCAAGUCAUAUGAAUAG